UAUGGCUGAAAUGACUGAUCGAUAGUCGUGUUGGUUCUAUUAUAUCGUUAUUGCCGCAAUGAAAGGUGAUAAGAUGGCGGCUGACAGCGACGAACCGAUAUCAGAUCAAGAAAAGGUUCGAAUUGUGACGAAUUUCAUCUUACAUUCUCCUCCUGGUGAAUUUAAUGAGGUUUUCAACGAUGUCAGAGUACUGUUAAAUAAUGACAGUUUAUUGAAAGAAGGUGCUUCAUCUGCAUUUUCGCAGUACAACAAAGAUCAGUUAACUCCGGUCAAGAUUGAAGGUUCGGAACAUAAAGUUUUGAUUACAGAGCAUAAUGACCUUGGCGGAGGCCGUUUCUUUGAUGACAGGUCUCGACAAACUUUCAGAUACGAUCACCUAAAGAAGGAAGCUUCAGAUUAUCAGUCAUGGACACCGGAUGCAACAGUAGAACAGUGGCGUUCAGCCAUUGAAUCAGAGUUGACAACUUACACGAUGGACCACUACAAGAAUGGUGUCUGCAGUGUAUUUGGGAAAAGUCAUCAGAGUGGAAGCACUGUAAUGGCCUGUAUUGAAGAUCACCAGUUCCAACCCAACAACUACUGGAAUGGAAGAUGGCGUUCCCAGUGGUGCAUCACUUUGCCACAAGGAUCAACACCCACAGAGCUGCGCGGUAUUCUUAAAGUACAGGUACACUACUAUGAAGAUGGAAAUGUUCAGCUUGUAAGCUCAAAGGAUGUGAAGGAGAACUUAACAUCUACAUCUCCUGCAGAACUUGCCAAGGAGUUUGUUCGACAGGUGGAGACUGCAGAAUCAGAGUACCAGUGUGCAAUUUCAGAAAACUACCAGACGAUGUCUGACACCACCUUCAAGGCUCUGCGCCGUCAGUUGCCAGUCACACGUGCCAAGAUUGACUGGAAUAAAAUAGUGUCAUACAGUGUCGGUAAGGAGCUUCGCAGUCAGUAAUUGGCCUGUGUCACAAUCAAACUCUCUGUACUUGUUAAUACAUUUUGUGUCAGAGCCAUUGUGACAAGG